AUGAUUACUCACCAAAUUUCGCCUCCACCAUUAUUAUCACAAUUUGAACCAAAUCAUCAUAUGACGCAACAUCAUCCAAUGAAAAAAACAAUUGCUGGGCUAUCAGCUAGUUCAUCAACUUCACUGCCAGCACCGCCUUUGUCGUUGAAUAUCGGUAUACCAACGCUUGCAACUAUUUUAGAGAUUGAUAAUUUGCCUCAACCACCAGCUGGUUUGAUUGAACAAUCGCAAACAUCACCGACUCCUCCAUCUUCAAUGUCAUCAAAUAUUCCAUCGGCACUACCUUCACCAAAUUCUUUCAUUCAAUCGCUUGUCAUGUGGUCUUCAACGGAAUGUACAUCGGCAUUAAUAAAAACUAAUUCAGAUUGUAAUAUUUUAUCAUCAUCUCAUUGA